ACAUCGAUUUUGCAGCUGAUAUAUGAAUUUCCGGACAUUGCUUUCUGCAGAUAAGUAUCUCUUCCAUUUGAAGUGUGCAAUUAUGAAUUUGGGACAAGAUAAAAUCUCUGAAAACGAACCCACGAUUCCAGUAUGGCUAGAUUGCGAUCCAGGUCAUGACGAUGCCAUGGCAAUGAUUUUGGCAGCUUAUCACCCAAAAUUGAGAUUGCUUGGUAUUUCUACUUGUUACGGAAAUCAGAGUCAUGAAAAGACACUACGAAACGCCGUCUGUUUUGCCAAAGCAGCUGGAAUUACGGUAGACAUUGUUCCAGGGCAGAGCAAGCCUAUUAUGCGAGAGCCUAUUGAAGCACCUAGUAUUCACGGCGAGUCAGGCUUGGACGGAACAUUUGCAAUGCCAGCUUUUGACGAAAGCCUUAUCCUCAAAGCCAAUGCUGUUUUGCACCUGGCUGAACUAUUGCGAAGCUCCAAAGAAAAGAUCAAUCUUGUGGCCACCGGACCCUUGACAAAUUACGCGCUGUUGAUUACGCUGUUUCCCGAAUUGAAGGAAAAGAUCGAAAAAUUGUUAUUUAUGGGAGGUGCUGUCGGAGAGGGCAACUGGACUCCAGCCGCUGAAUAUAAUAUACUAGCCGACCCUGAAGCAGCUAAUAUUGUCAUGCACUCAGGUCUGGACGUUUAUAUGGUGCCACUUGAGGUCACACACAUGGCUGGGGUGACUGAAAAAGCUCUUGCCGACCUAAGUGUUGCUUGCAAUGACAGCGAAUUCUCUCGCCUCAUUGUGGAGCUGAUGUGUUUCUUUAAACAGACCUAUAAGGAUGUUUUUGGUUUUGAUUGUCCUCCACUUCAUGAUCCUUGCGCCGUGGCUGCUUUGUGCUGUCCUAACCUCUUCAAAUUCACACGUAUGGGAGUGGACGUUAUCACUGACAACGGUGCUACUCUGGGACAAACUCUUUGUGACACUUACAACCGUUUCCCGUUUCCCAAAGUCAAUGUAGCUACGAACAUUGAUGCAGAGGAGUUCAUGAAGAUUAUGAUGGAUAUGUGCGCUCUUGCGAAUGAACGCUCACCGAUGAAUGCUAAAUAGUAAUAGAAGAACUCCUGUAUUUAUAAAUUCACUAGAAUCAACAGUUCCGUAAAUAAAGAACAACGAAUUUUUCCCCGA